AUGGCUCUUUCGUCCUUUUUCCGCAGUGCACCAUUGGUCUUUACAACAUCCAUCAUCCUAAGAGCCAUCUUCCUAAUAUACGGCCUUUGGCAAGAUGCAAACUCGCCUAUGAAGUACACCGACAUCGACUACUAUGUCUUCACUGACGCCGCGCGCUAUAUCUCGCGCGGCCAGUCGCCUUACGCACGAGACACGUAUCGUUAUACGCCUCUCCUAGCAUGGCUCAUCUACCCUACUGUAUGGUCUGGGCAAUUGUGGUUCUCAUUUGGCAAGAUUCUGUUCGCUGUAGGCGAUGUAGUUACAGGAUGGAUGAUGUUCCGCAUCUUGAAAGAGUACAGGAAGAUGAGCAAUGAGAGAGCCCUAAAGUUUGCGAGCAUCUGGUUAUUGAACCCAAUGGUUGCUACUAUCAGUACAAGAGGCAGCUCUGAAGGGCUACUCGGCGUUUUCGUCACGGCACUACUUUGGUCGGUGCUGGCGAAGCAGAGACCGCUUGCUGGGUUCUUGCUCGGGUUUGCGGUACAUUUCAAAAUCUACCCAUUCAUAUACGCAGCUUCUAUCGUUUGGUUCCUCGAUGUUACCCAAACCGGAACAGAAGGAUUUGCUCAGGCGCAAUCAGCGACAUCGUUGUUUGGCCGAGUGCGCAACUUUCUCAAUCCCGCGAGAAUAUACAUCGCGCUUUACAGUCUCCUCACAUUCGCAAGUUUGAAUCUUCUCAUGUACAGCAUGUACGGGUGGCCAUUCCUCGAGCACAGUUAUCUCUACCAUGUGACUCGUAGCGAUCACCGUCACAACUUCUCGCCUUACAACACGUUUCUCUAUCUAAAGUCUUCGCCAAAGUCUACAGAUCUGGAGCCGGCUGCGCCAUACCUUGAACUGGAGCGGUUGGCGUUUCUCCCACAACUGCUCCUCAGCGCGGUCUUUAUACCAUUAAAGUUAGCGAAGAAAGACCUCCCCAAUACGAUGCUAGCGCAGACCUUUGCAUUCGUUACCUUCAACAAGGUCUGUACUAGCCAGUACUUUCUUUGGUACAUGAUGUUCCUCCCAUACUACCUUCCGGACUCAACUCUCCUAAAAUCCCCGUCUAUCGGCAUCACUGCGCUCGUCUUCUGGAUUGUGGGACAAGUUGCUUGGCUACAACAAGGCUUUCAGCUUGAGUUCAACGGUCAUUCUACCUUUGUUCCAGGGCUCUGGGCGUCUAGCAUACUCUUCUUUCUUGUCAAUGUUGGUAUCUUAGGGGUCAUCAUCUAUGACAUUAAACAGAAGAGACCGCAAAAGAAUGUUGUGGUGGAGAAGAAGGCUUCAUAG